AUGUUUUAUUUUAUAUUUUUACUAUUAUUGAACAUUGUCUGUAACUAUGAAGUAAAUGCUUUGGAGAAUGAACAUAUUGAACCGGUGUUUGAAAAAUUGAUUGAAUAUGUGAAUCAAAAUCCAGGCUUUGGAUGGAAAGCAGGAAUUAAUAGUCGUUUCAAAAACUUAAAAGAUACUCAAAAAUUGUUUAGAAAUAACAUUAAAAUUAAGGAUUCAGGUGGAAAACAAAUUCAAACAAUUUCCCACAGAAAUGUGAAUAUAGUUAUACCUUAUUCAUUUGAUGCAAGAGACCAUUGGGUAAACUGUUCAACUAUCAAACAUAUUCAUGAUGAAUGUUGUUGUAGAGCAGAUUGGGCAUUCGCAACGGUCGACUCAAUUAGUGAUAGAAUUUGUAUUUAUUCAAAUGGGUGUUCUCAUGGAAAUGAAAUAGAAGUUUUAAUGUACUGGAUUGUAAAUGGUAUUGUUACCGGUGGGUCAUAUGAAGAUCAAAGUGGCUGCCAACCUUAUCCUUUUUCAAAAUAUCCUGAGUGCAAAGACGUGAAUUAUGAGUUCCCAGUGUGUACGAGCGAAUGUCAAGAUGGUUAUAAUAAGACAUACGAAGACGAUAAGUUUUAUGGUGAACAAAUUUAUAAUGUUUAUGAUAAUCAAGAGGAUAUUCAAAAAGAAAUUUUAAUGAAUGGUCCAGUGAUAGCAAGUAUUUUUGUGAAAACAGAUUUUUUGAUUUAUAAAUCAGGAGUUUAUUUACCAACACCUAGAUCAAGUAAUUUAGGUUGGAUAAAUUUACGAAUAAUUGGUUGGGGUUAUGAAGGAAAAACACCUUAUUGGUUAUGUGCAAAUUCAUGGAGUAAAGAAUGGGGUGAUAAUGGAUAUGUAAAAGUUCAACGUGGAAUACAAGCAGGUUAUAUUGAAUCAUAUGUUAGAGCACCAAUUCCAAAAAUAUAG